AUGCGCAUUUCUGCCGAAGAUCGUUUGGUGCAAUUGAAACCAAAAUUCACGCCCGAAAAGCCGAAAGUGUCCGUACGUCCAAAACAUAAAAGUAGUGAUUGCUCCAGCGAGGAAAUAGAGGAUGAUCAUUUCUGUUCCAAGGAGGCUGCAAAAAAAAUUAACCUUAAAACUGUGCCGGGAGCGUCGGUUUUAAAAUCCCACUAUAAAACCCGUAAUAGUUUACUUUCGCCUGGACUUGAGACCAAAACUCGCAUACUACUCGAAAAGAUCGAGUGGAAAAAAAUUUUCUUCAUUGCAAAUUGUGUGCUCGUUUUUGGUGCGAGUGUACUUUUCGUCUGCUUGGUUGCUCAGAAAUGGUCAUACUCGCCAACAAUAAUCAGCAUCAACCCCGUACCCAGUUACGUUACCGGCUAUCCAUUUCCUGCUGUGACCAUAUGCAAUAUGAACCAAGCGCUCAGGAGCAAGGUAUCGAAGUUCUCUAAAUCCUCCAUGGAAUAUUCAUUUGUAAAAUUUCUGUGUCGCUCGGACCCAAAUAUUACAGUACUGAAUGCCAUUAAGGAUUGGAGUUUCAUUAGUAAUUUUGCUGUAAAUACAUCGCAAUCUUGUGAGAGAAUGCUUCUUAAAUGUAAUUUUGGUGGCGUUGAAUACAAUUGUACAGAACUUUUUCAUCCAGUUAUAUUGGACGAGGGAUUGUGCUGCACAUUCAAUUCACUGGAUCAGGUCGACAAAUUUACAAAUAUUUCAACAAAGUUUAAUUAUAGCAAAACAUAUCCACCAAACGUCAAGCCCGGUGAUUGGUCUUUGGAAAAUGGCUAUCAGAACCCUCUACCCAAAUACUAUUCACCAAUGACGGCCGUCGGCUCUGGACAAACGCUCGGGUUAAAUAUUAUUUUAAACGUAGAGAAAGAUGAAUAUUAUUGUUCGUCAGGGAAUAGUGUAGGUUUCAAAGUCGCAUUAGACAACCCCGAAGAAGAGCCAAACAUGUCGGAAUCUGCUUUACUACUUGCGCCAGGUCUUAAGUCAUCGAUUCGCAUUAUACCCACACAUGAAGAAGCAGAUCGAAAAUUACGCAUUUUGAGUCGGAACGGAAGUUAUCAAUAUUUUCGCAUUAUUCAUACGUGA